AUGGGGAAGAGGAAGUCAAGAGCAAAGCCAGCUCCAACGAAGCGAAUGGACAAGCUUGACACAGUCUUUAGUUGUCCUUUCUGCAACCACGGCUCUAGUGUUGAAUGCAUCAUUAAUAUGAAGGAACUGAUUGGUCAAGCAGUUUGUAGAAUCUGUGAAGAAAGCUUUAGCACUACUAUCACAGCUUUGACUGAAGCUAUAGACAUCUAUAGCGAAUGGAUCGAUGAGUGCGAGCGGGUUAAUACCGUGGAAGAUGAUGUUGAGCAAGAAGAAGAAGAAGAGGAAGAAGAAAUAAUAGAGGAAGAGGAAGAAGAGGAAGAAGAAGAGGAUGAAGAUGAACGUGUCUCUGUCAAAAGGAAGUUCAACUACAGAGACUAA